GUUAUGGCAAGAUGGCCUCCCUACCAUCUCCCACCCAGGUGGCGGGGGAUCAUACAAGUGUCUUUGAAGCAUGGUACAAGAAAGUAGACCCCUCUGGUAGUGGUGUAAUCCAGGCUGGACCAGCUGCGGGGUUCUUGAAAAAAUCUGGCCUCAAUGAUAACAUUCUUAGUCGAAUAUGGGACAUUAGUGACCCUGGCGGUAAAGGCUACCUGGACAAAGCUGGCAUGUUUGUAUCCUUGAAGAUGGUGUCAUUGGUACAAAACGGCAAGGAACCCAGCUUAGCGAACAUCAACUUGCCAACACCACCUCCAAAUAUGGGUGAACCUCCCCCACAUCCACCACCCCCAGUCAAACCAGCCCCCCCACACCACACACCUGCGGCUGCCCCUGGAGUGUGGACCAUAACCCCGACAGAUAGAAUGCGCUACGACCAAAUAUUUAAUUCCUUGGGACCAGAAGCCAACAAGCUUCAUGGCAAUAAGGUUAGAGGUGUUAUGCUCAACUCCAAGCUUCCUAUGGAAACGCUUGGCAAGAUUUGGGACCUGUCGGACAUGGACAAGGAUGGCUCACUAGAUCGUGUAGAGUUCUCUAUUGCAAUGCAUUUAGUAUACAAGGUACUAGAAAACAAUCCCAUGCCAUCUGGUAUACCACAAGAGAUGCUCUCCAGUGCACAACGAGCUGGUGUCGCUCAGGGUCCUGUACCUGCUCCUCUCGCUCCUCCAUCUCAACUACAGCAAGCUGAUGCCAACAAGCAGCAGCUGAAGAUCUUUACCACUGAGAUUGAAGACAUCGAUGGGAAGCCUGCUGAAAAACAGCCCUCAGGCCCCCCUCCAGCUCCAUGGGUGAUAAGCGCAGCUGAAAAGGCGAGAUACGACGUGAUGUUCCACAAUGCGGAUCUGGAUAAAGAUGGCUUUGUGAGUGGGAAUGAGAUCAAGGGUGUCUUCCUGCAAUCUGGCCUCCCGCAGAUGGUUCUAGCACACAUAUGGAACCUCUGUGACAUGAAGCAGACAGGGAAGCUGACCUCAGAGCAGUUUGCCCUGGCCAUGUGGCUCAUCCAGCAGAAGCUCAAUGGCACAGACCCCCCAGCCGCCCUCACCCCCGAGAUGGUGCCCCCUACCAUGAGGCCCAAGCCUUCCACUGAAUCCAAUGUGGUUCCAGCAAAGCCACAGUACAGCAACCCAGAGCUCCAGUUGGUUGCUGACGAGAUCGAGGAGCUCAACGCCGAUAAGCUCAAGCUGGAGGCGGAGAUCCAGCAAAAGGAAGCUAGCAUUAGGGUGAAGAACAACGAAUUAAAAAAUCUUCAGACUGAACUCGAUACCUUAACUUCCACCUUGCGUCAACUGGAACACCAGAAGGGAGCAGCGCAACAGCGAUUAGAUGACCUUGGGAACCAGAAAAAACUCCUUGAGGAUGAGCGGAAAGAGGUCACGGCCUUGAUAGAGGCUGAGCAGGAGGAGGUCUCAAAAUUGCGCGCCCAAGUGGAGGAACAAGAAACCAGUCUCAAGGCACAAGAGGAUGAGGUGAUGUCCAAGAGGCAGGAACUGAAUGACCUCAAGAACCAAGAGAGCGAACUGGAGGAGAGUGUGACCUCAUUGAGAAAGAAGAUGGACCAGCUGGGAGUGACACAGCAAGAAACGCAGUUACAUAUAUCGCAGGCUAAAAUCAAGAUCUCCGAAUUGCAAGACCAGGAACGGCACAUGACGGAAGUCUUAAUAGCCUAUGACUCGGCAAUCUCUUCUGGUGAUGCGUCGUCCUUAUCAGAAGCCUCGCUCAGAGACAUCACACCCACCUUUAAUGACUCAAGCUACCUCCAUAUAGGCCCCUCUCCGACAGAAAGUCCUAAGGACUCACCGAAAGAACCGACAACACCACAGGAAAAUGGUUUACCAUCUCAGGAGACAAAUAAAGAUGCAUUGAAAGCCAAAGAUACCUCGUUUUCUGGAGGGCACGAUCCAUUUGCGGCAGCUUUUGGUGGCCAGCAAAACAGUGUGGAUAUGUUUGCAUCAUGGGAUCACAAUCCAUCUCAGCCGGCCAACAACCCACCACCUGCUGCAGACCCAUUUGGAGGAGAUGCGUUCGCAGCUCAGACAAAGGCUGCCAAGGACCCCUUUGGCAACGAGCCCUUCAGUGCGGGUGGAGGAGGUGGUCCCCCACCAAGACCCGAGAGCCCGACCCCAGCACUUCCCCCCAAGAAGUCCAAGCAGCCUCCCCCCAGACCAGCUCCCCCCAAGACCCGGCCGGCCAAGCCCCCUCCGCCCCAGAUCAACUCCAACAACAACCCCACCACCAACACUACCCCCAACAACCCCAACGCAGCCAACAACGCCAACUCGAACACAGGCAACGUGGACCCCUUUGCCGGAGGCUGGGGGGAUAACAAGACCCCUGCCAAUGCCACCAACAAUGGGGGCUUUGCUGACUUUGCGAACUUUGCCGAUUUUGAUACCAAGUGUUCCAAGGUAGUCGUCGCCAGCAACCCAGCAGCAACAUCACCCUGGGGGGAUGAGGACAAGUUUACGUCAGACGCCAAGUACCCACCAUCGACAGAUGAGGACCCGUUCGGUUCUCCCUUCACGGCAACGAAGGCCAAUAUCAGAAGCACCGACAACUCCCCCUGGCCGCAGGAUGCCUUUGGCUCAUCAGGCUUUGGGUCAGAUGAGGGGUUUGGAGACAAUUCGGUGUUUGCUGAUGACGAUCCAUUCUCCAAAGCUUCUGGAGCAGCUGAUCCCUUUGGUGGUGAUUAUGACCCCUUCAAGGAUCAGGGCUUCAAGGAUGCAGACAAAUUUUCCUGGGAAGAUGAGCCUGACCCCUUCAACACAAUACCAGAGGAGUCCAGUGAGAGUGCUGUCAAGAUGCCACUUGAUAAUGCUCCCAAGACAGAUCCUUUUGGUUUUAGUAUGAGUGAGGAUGAUACAAAUGCCAAUUUACCCACAGAGUUUUUCAGUGUAGAUCAGUUUAAUGCAAACUUUGAUAACAACAAAGACAAACUUGAAACGAGCCAGAACACGCGAUCAAAGUCAGUCAUUGGGGAUCCCUUUGCUUCCCAAGUGAAGGAAAGCAUACCAGUGCGGUCCAAGACGUCUCUCGGUGAGCGACGGCUUGCAGACUUCGACUUUGACCCAUUCUCGUCAUCUAAGGUAUCAAAUGCAGAGAAGAGCAAGUGGAAAAGUAAUGAGGACUUGUUGAACGAAAACUUUGGCCUCAACCGCAAUGAGGGUGGAUGGGGCUCAAAUAAUCUUGUGCCCACCAGCAAGACUUCCAGCCCCUUCAACAACAGUUUCCUGAACCAGUCCCAGCAGUCAGCGAGUGAGGAGGAACAGCUAGCAUGGGCGGCCAAAGAGAGCAUCAAGUUUGAAGAGUUCCGCAAGCAGCAGGAGGAGCAGGAACGUGCAGAUCUGGAGUUAGCUCUCACUCUUUCACGUUCCAUGACCGCGGGCAAAUCCCAGACUUCACGGUCACCCUCCACGGGCCUCUAAGUAAUGCUGGGGAACUAGUUGUGUACAUAUGUCAAAAUACCCAUAAAGUGAAGUUGUUAAGAGAUGUGACUGUUGAAGUUCAGAUUAUAGGUUUAAUAUUCUCUCUCUCUUUCUCUUUCUCUUUCUCUUUCUUUUUGUCCAGGUUGGUUUGGAGUUGACCAGAGUACUUUAUCAAAUUGAAUGUCUUUAGAGUUACUCAAAAUUGUAAUCAUUGUCAGUUUUGUACUGAUAACCACAUUAAUAAAAAUGAGAAGAUUAUCAUUAAUACUAUUACUAUUAUUAUUUUUAUUUAUUUUUUUUUUUUCUACUGUUAUUUUUUAAUCCUCAUAUUACUGCUGAUAUAUUUAUUAUUGCUAUUUUUAUUAUUAUUAUAAUUAUAAUUAUUAUGGUUGUUGUUGUUAUGAUAUUUUUUUAUUGAUCACUAAAACCCACAAUAUGUACUCUGCUCCAUCUCCUUUGAUUCCAGCUCUUUCCAUUACCUGAUUUCUCUUUAUUCUUGGUGUUAUUAGUGUCUUUUUGAUAUUAUUUCUCAACUGUAUAUGCUAUAUUAUUGAUAUGUAAUUAAUAUUAGUAAGCCAUUGUUGUACCGAUUAUGUAAAUUAUUUUUUUCUCUGAGUAUACACAUAUGUUGAUAAGCAUGAGAUAUUUUGACUGCAUUUUUUUCCACAUGACUGAGCAAUUGCAGUGGGCUUUGAAGGGAAAUUUUGGUGAAGGUUUUUAUAUUUUCGUCUCUAAUUACCGUAUUUCCUAUCCUUUAUCAUAUAAACAAAAACAGUGUUUUUUCUGUUUGCAUCGUUUAUCUUAUACACUUAAUGGUCUUUUUCUCUUUUCUUUUUUUUCUCUUUUCGUUUCCAUUUUAUUGAUCUUAUUAGUGAUAGCAGACAAAGAAGUCUGUUUUGUCUCCUUUGGUUCUAUGUUGAGCAAAGCUACUGCCCCCAGGAAAGCAGCUAAAGGAAAUUAGAUGAAAGAAUUUGAUUUUCACCACACCCUGCUUUUGCUGUUUUGAUGAUUAUAAUUAUUUUUAUUUUCUAUACGGUUCUUAACAUCAAGAUUUUUAUUGCCUGCAUUGAGAGCAGAAUACAAGCUCGUAACUGACCAUUCCUCAUCUCUCCAAAGGAUUAGGUUUUGAUAUAUUUUUAUAGGUGUGGUUGUUUGCUCUUGGAUGUGUUUGUGUGUGUGUUUGUGAAUGAUUUAGAAUGCACCUACAUGUGUUUUUUUUUUUUUUUUUUUUUUUUUUUUUUUUUUUUUUUUCUUCAUUGCAUUGAUUCAGUUUAACACUGGAGUAUAAAAAAUUGCUAUAGAAUGCAAUACUAGCAUAAAUUUAUUAUGAAGCUAUCAGUGGACUGUAUGUUGGCUAACAUCCCCAAGUAUGUUUAGUCUGUGUGUGUGUGUAUUUGUGUGUGUGUCGUGGAUGCAUGGGAAAGUUUGCAUGUAUUUAUGUGUGCAUGUAAACUUUUGUGUGCACACUCAGGUAUGUGUGUUUGUUUUCUUGUAUCUUCAUGGGGAGAUGAACUUAAUUUUCAGCUGAUUAUUGGAGUUACUGUAUUUUCUAUAUAACUUGCCUAAAGUUCUAUUCAGUAAACAGUUUUUUCUUUUCUCUUGAGUAGUGGUUAAAGGCAGUCGUAUUUGAGAAUAAAUAACUAAAUUUACUGCAUGUCUUAUCGGAUGACAGCCAUGUGAGAUGGCUUUGAUGCAGAAAAAGAUAAAAAGUUGUAACAAUUAAACACAAAGCUUAGCAACACCCACUUGAUACUGAAGACAAAUCUAGCUUUGCGUUGUUGUAGUCUUCUUUACGUUUGCGUCUUCCAAGAAGCAAUAUACUAUUCUUUCUGGCCCACGUCCUUCCCAUGGGUCAAUGAUCCACUACCUCGAUCAUUCUUGUUGCUAUAGGGUCUCCUCUCAGAGUGUGAAAAGUAAGAAGAAGAAAGAAAAGUGAAAGAAGGUAAAAGAAAGGGGAAAAAAAAAGGACGAGAUAAAGGGAAGAAAAGUCAAUUUUGUGCCAACUGUAUGUAUGGUAACAGGGAUAGUGGCCAUAUAAACUUUUAUUUUUAUUUUUUUAUUUAUUUACUUUUUUUUUUCCCCGAGAUCUGACUUCAGUGGGCUGUUUGGCAUUAGAGAUUGAAAAGAAAAAAAAUUGGCUUACCAUAAAGGGUCAUAUUCAUUUUUGUGGACUAUUCAAGAAAGCAGGGGAGUGUGUUUAUGACGAUCAAGAAGAAAGGCAUUUAGGUUUGGGGGAGGUUGGGGGGGGUGGAGUAAAGAGGAAGGGAGCGUAGAUUGAUGUGUCUUAAAUAGUAUCCAAAACACAGAAGUGAGUGAUAAGCUACAUAAAGCAGUCUCUGUCCACAAUUCAUGAUUUUUAGUUUUUAUCUUGGUAUGUAGUCUUUUUUUUUCAUUUUUGUUUACAAUUUACAAAAAAAAAAAAAAAAAAUGUGUUUUGACUGUACAUUUGUAGAAUAAAUUUUUUUUUGGAGUAAGAUGUUCUUGUAUAGCACCUGUGGCUUAUCAUUGUCUUCCAAUUGAAUUGUAUACUAGUAUAUUAGACCCCUGUACAUUUUUCAUUCCAGCACUCAUAAUAUGUAGAAGCAAUAGCAAUUUGGUAUUGUGUCAAUUUUUUAUUUAUUUAUUUAUUCUUUUUUUUUUUUUUUUCAAUUUUAUUCUUAAAAACUCCUUCCCCUCCCAUGGUUAGGAAGUGUACAUUAGGCAACAUUAUGGAAGCGUUAUCUGUAUGUGGUUGAUGAGAAUGUUCUAGUCUUGCCGUUGGAAGUAAGUGCUUGGUGGAUGUCUAACCGUCCGAGUCGUCUCAUCCAGAGAAUGCUGUUCCACUGUCCAUGGGUUUAAAGUUUGUUCAAACUGAAGUGCUUUACUGUGCGAGAACCAUGUUGUCAAGAGUGAAGAAAGGUAAAGAAAAAGAAAAAGAAAACGGAAUAAAAUAUAGAUGAGGAGAAAGCUAAAUAGGAAUUGGAAAAGAAUGAAGAGAUUUUACAAUUGUGACAAUGAUUUAAUCUGUCGGCCUCUUUCUGGGACUCGUUGCUUGAAGUCUGUGCGAAAGAAAAUUCAAAAAAUAAAAAUAAAAAAUGUUAAUAUAAAAGAAGAAUAUGUUGAAAUCCCAGUGACUUGGCUCACUAAACUGGAGGACCUCUUAGCUUAAAAAUUUACAUCAUGUCAUUGUUAAAGAAGAAAUUUUUGUGUUUGAUAAAAAAAUUAAAAAACUCUCUGCAUGUUUAUAGUAAAUAAUUGGUAAUAUGUAGCUCACAUACACUGAAAUUCUGUUAAUGAUUGCAGUGAUUAACAUGUUGAUUUAGAUGUAUGUAUGAUGUACAAUGCCUUACAGGUUUGAGAAAGUUGUAUUGUAGAUUACUUUUGUGGUGUAUAAAGUUGAGUGUCCAGGUGUGCCUGGAGACUGUUUCUCGUUUCCCUGUAAAUGUAUCUGUGAAAUACUCGUGUACUGAGAUAGUGUUAAGCUAUUGUAUAAAGGCAUAGAAGCGUAUACUAGUGGCAUCCUGUUAUCCUCCUCUGGAACCUUAACCCUUCUCAAUAUCCCCCUUCCCCUUCCCCCCCUUUCUCCCUAUAUCUCUUGUUUCUCUUCCUCCGCGUUGUUAUGAGCCUGUUUUUGGUGAGCAGCGAAGAGAUAAGUUGUUGGCCAAAGACGGUAUGUAGUAGGAGACACGUAGAUUUAGUGUGCGUGGUCAGAUGGGAAAUAAUUCAGGCUGGGGCCUGACUUCAAACUUGUUAUUUAUUAUUUUUUAUAAAUACUUUUUUAUAUAUUUAUUUAUUUUUCUUUCUUUCCGGUCUUUCUUUUUUUGUUUGUUUCAUGCAGCAAAAUAGAUUUUUAAUGUCGUGUAGAUGUGGGCUUCAUUUCUCUAGUCUGGCAAGGUACUAAAAUUUGUUUGAUGAUAACCUUUACAUUUUGAUACAGGUUGCUUUUAUUUUGUGUAAGUAAAGAAAAUUUGAAUAUAUUACUUUUGUAAUAUGUUGUUUGUGCUAUUUACCGAGCAAACAUUUACUCGAAAAAUGUUGCUCCAAUUGCUCUUAUCUGGUUUAGUGUGGUACAUGAUUUUCAUGUGAAAACAUAAGUUUGAUUGUGAAGCAGAAGACUACAAUGAUAUUUUUAUGGCUUUCUAGCAAAUCUGAGCAACAAUAUUUGAAGUGGCAAAAAGAAACAGUUUUGCGUGUUGUUUAAAAAAGAUGUGGGAAGUACUUUUUCUUCAGAAAUCGUGUAUGUGUGACUAUUAUGAUUAAUAGUGUUGCUCUCUCAUAGAUGUGUUUCUUGAUAUCUCUCAAUGCUGUGCAUGGCAAGAGAUGUGACAAUUUAUGAAUGUCCUUCCAUCUUGUUACAGUUAACAAACUGGUUAGUUUUAUUGGGUGUUUUGAAAGAGACGUUGGUGAAAAGUAAUGGUGUUAUUUUAGUUACUUUUCUACCUGCAAGUGCUUUUUUUUUUAUUAUUUUUUUAUUUAUUUAUUAUUUUUUUUUAACUGGUACUUCUAGUACUUUCAUAUCUUUUAUGGAGUAUGUAUGUUUGUUCAAUUAUCGGAUAAUUCUUUAUUUCCCCCCUUCUUCUUUUGCUUUUUUGUGGGCUCUGGUUCAGUAUGCAAAGACCUGGCAGUAUAUUGCCUUACAUGUAUAUGAUGUCAGUAUUAUAUCAUCAGUAUAGGACAGCUGGUGGUGGUGGUGGUGCAAGUGGCAAGAUUAUAUAUAAAUAUAUUUUUCUGAGAGGAAUAAUGACAAAGGAAGAGAAAAGUCUUAUAAGAUUUGUUUUUAUAGUUUUUAUAUACAGUUUGUUGACCAUAUUGUGUACAGAUUUACCAUGGAACAGCAUAGCCAACAAAGUUUAAGCCAUGUCGCUCACUAUAUGAAGAGUUUGAAGCCAUGCCUCCUGCACAGCAAGAAGCAGCACUUUGCUGAUUUUGGGAGUAAGUUAGAGUUACAGAUCACACACAGCUACCCUGUUACAUUUUGUAGAAUCAAAUGACUCGGAAAAAAAAAAACUUGCAUUUUACAAAAAUUGGUCCACACACUUACUGAUGUCUAAUUUUUUUUUCUUUUUUUCUUUUUUAGAGGAUGUGGAUGUUUAAGGGUGAUGAAAGAGGGGAGGUGAUUACAUGGGAAUGUUGCUGUUUUGCAUUUUCAUUGAUGGAAGCACUUAAUAGAAUUGUACAUAAUCUUAUAUAUAUUUAUAUAUAUAUACAUAUAUAUAUAUUACAUUGAAUCUCAUUUGUUUAUAAGUUUGCAGAGUUUAUCUAAGCUGUAUAAGCUUUUAAAGUGUGCAAGUGCAGUGAUUUCCAUUUAUAUGCAUGGGGAUAUAUAUAUCAGCCAGAUUUUGACAUUUAGAUCCUUAAUUCAAAGUUUAGCAGAUGCAAGUUUAUAUUGUUAUAUGACCUUUUUAUGGUCUUACUGCGACAAUUGGCUGCAAGUUCCAUGUGUUUAUAGAUGUUCAGAUAAACACAAUAUUAUGCAUUUAUAUUAAUAUUUAGGGGACACACCACACAGAUACAAACAUUAACAUAGACACAGAAACACAACUAUCUGUAUGCAUUUAUAAAGUUGACAUAUGCUUAUUGAGUUCACAUAAUUUUUAAAAAUGCAGUUACCAGUAAAGCUGUUCAUCCACAUGUGCAAACUCCUAAACAGCUUGCCAUGGAAGGAAAUAAACUAUAGUUAUAAACUAAUAACAUAAGGAAUAUAUAAGUAUAUUAACUUGGGUCAGGCACAUUAUGAGGUGCCGUCAUUCACAACCUGAAAGGGGUGUGUGUGUGUCAGCGAGUUGUCUCAUUGGUAGGGUGCUUGCACUUGCACUCGCUACUGCCUUCAAAGGGUGUGCCACCACCCUCCUGUCCCCCAGCUCCCGGGUCUCGCAUUCUCUUGCCACUGGAUGAUUGAUAGCCCCCUCUCGUAGCUCUCCAGGUCCAUACACCUCUAGGUCUUCGCCACCAAUGUUGUACUAAUCAGUAAGUGGUGAGGGUUGCCGCUUCACACUCCAGUGGUGAUAAAAAGAAGAAAUGGUGCCUGAGUGCGUUGCCUCUUCUCUCUCGAUGUGUCUCCAUCAUAUGUGUUCAGACUGCACGAAGACUGUACAUUUGUUAUUUCAUCUUCCCAAGGAAACUGAGUGUAAGAUAUUAAUUUUAUCUAUCCCGAUUGGUUGGUUAAUAUGCCUAGUGUCGAUUUUAAGAUUUUUGCAACCCACAUGUACCUCAGAUUUGAAGCAAGAUGUAGAUGCGAUUUACUGUCAAUAAUUCUUGUAGUUCUUUUUCUUAUUUUUGUUUUUCAUUUUGCUGCAAACGAAGUAAAGAAGAAAAUUAUAGUUGAUUUUAUUUUAUAGUUGAUGUUGCUUCUCCCCCGCCAGCUAGGGAAUUUUCCCCAGAUGCUACCACAAUAUGAAGAUUCCAGGGUUGCGCCCUCUAUAAGUCGUGUUGUUCAGUGUCACCGUCAUGUUAUCUCAGUGUACAUAAUGCUUAAUAAACAAACACGUUCACCAGA